AUGAAGUACAAUUCAGUGUCACAUAUCGGCCGUCGAGUCGUACCACUAAUGGAUCGGUUCCUGUUUGAAGGAUACGGCGGUUUGGCUGCCGUUCCCGUCAGACAUAUCUCUGCGGACUCAACAGACUUGAAAGGAGUUUUGGCCAAAAAGAUUUCGGAACACCAAAAGCGAGUGAAGGAAUUCCGGAGCGCUUACGGACCUAAAGUGAUCGGAGAGAUAACUGUGGAUCAGGUGUACGGAGGGAUGAGAGGACUCAAGUCUUUGGUCACCGAAACCUCUUAUUUAGAUCCCGACGAAGGCAUUGCGUUCAGAGGCUAUUCUAUCCCUGAAAUCCGAAAAGCACUUCCUUCCGCUGCUGGCGGUGAAGAGCCUCUUCCAGAGGGCUUGUAUUGGCUGCUAUUGACAGGAGAUUUGCCGUCAGAAGCACAGGUGAAGGCUGUGUCCAAAAUCCUCGCUUCUCACGCAGAUCUGCCCUCACAUGUGGUAACGAUGCUAAACAACUUUCCAUCAAAUCUGCACCCAAUGUCUCAAUUCAGUGCUGCGGUCACCGCCUGUAACACGGAAUCCCUGUUUGCAAAGGCAUACACCGAUGGCGUGAAUAAAGCCACGUAUUGGGAACACACUUUUGAUGACUCCCUCCGACUCAUUGCUAAAUUGCCGACAAUUGCGGCCACUAUUUAUCGCAAUCUAUACCGCGACGGCUCAUCGAUUGGUGCGAUCGACACUAAUAAGGACUGGUCGGCGAACUUUACAUCUAUGUUGGGUUAUAACGAUCCCAAGUUUACCGAAUUAAUGCGACUCUAUCUCACAAUCCAUAGUGACCACGAGGGCGGCAAUGUCAGCGCUCACGCCACUCAUCUCGUCGGUAGUGCUCUUUCUGAUCCCUACUUGUCGUUUGCCGCCGGUAUGAAUGGUUUGGCGGGUCCUCUGCACGGAUUGGCCAAUCAGGAAGUGUUACUUUGGGUGACAAAACUGCAGAAAGAAUUGGGAGGAGAGGUGUCCGACGAUAAGCUCAAAGAUUUCGUGUGGAAGACCUUGAAAUCAGGACAGGUGGUUCCGGGCUAUGGCCACGCAGUGCUCCGUAAAACAGACCCGCGUUAUAUCGUUCAGAGAGAGUUCUCGUUGAAACAUUUGCCAGACUAUCCACUGUUCAAACUGGUGUCCCAGAUAUUCAAAGUGGUUCCGCCGAUCCUCUUGGAGUUGGGAAAAGUGAAGAACCCGUGGCCUAAUGUUGACGCCCACUCUGGCGUUAUAUUACAAUACUUCGGAAUGAAGGAAAUGAGUUACUAUACGGUAUUGUUUGGAGUGUCGCGAGCGUUGGGUGUGAUGUCAUCGUUGAUAUGGGAUCGAGCGCUGGGUCUACCGAUUGAGAGACCGAAGUCGAUGACAACCGAAGGGCUGCAGAAAUUAGUCGGCGCCACAUAAUUAUCAGACACACGACUAUUGUAUUAUUUAAAUGAAAUCCAAUUAAGACUGACUUUAAAUUUGAACUCUGUGUCUUUUGUCAUAAAACCUUUAGUAAAUUAAUUAAAUUGAAGUCUCGUGUGAUGUUUGAAUAGAUUGUGGUUAACAUUAUAUUCGGACAAUACUUGUGAUUAGAUUUUAGCACUUCAUCACUGAAUAGAAUCUCUGAUUCGGUUUUUAAUCCAUAAAGUCGUCGAUGACUUCGUAUUAUAAGUUUUAAUCGCAUUAACAGAAUGUGAAAUAGUUUUUAAUUAUUUAUGAAUAUAAUCACACAUUCUUUUAAAGCAAUAACUCAUACGUUUUGAAUGCAAAUUCUGUACAUUUAAAUAAAUUGAAUGUAAUUUUAUCUGUCGGUCAGUCGUUAAUAGCAUUAAAUUAAUUAAAUAAAAUAAUUUCAAAAGA